CUUAAACACAAUGUAAUGUUUUUUUCCUGGUGUGUGGGAGCAGCAGGUUUAUUUCACAGCAGAAUGCAGAGUCACUGCUGAAGUAUGAAACCAGUGUUGGGCAUAAACAAAGUAUAUGGUAGAGAAAAGUCAAAGUAAUGUCCCCGUGGAGGACACAGGAUGUGAAAUCUAAUAUUCUAUUCAAAAUAGUGAAAAUCCAAAACUUGCUAUGGCGCCCCCUGGUGGGUGGAAGCUGGAAUUUACACGUAAAGUAAGCUUCAAAAUUUGGACAUUGUACAUGCAGAUUGUUGGUUUUAAAAUAUGUUUCAGCUUUAAGUUUUGCAUUUAGUGCACAGCUGGUUGUCAAACUGUGGUGCUGGCCCCGCUGGUGGGACACGAACCACUAGGUAAGAAUUAUGAAUUAUGGUGAAAUGAUACUCACCUUGAAAGUAAAUGAAUCAGGACUUUUGUUUUGUGUGUCAAUGACUGAUUGAAAAGAGAACUACGUCAGUGUGGAAACCAAUGAGUACAAGACUGAUGUUCACAGCUUCACGGAGUGUUUAACGAGAAAAGUGAGUAAGCUGAGUGAAAUGCCCCUUUAGGGUGACGUCAGAAGGAAAGAUGUGUCACUCUGCUCCAUUUUCUGGUGCAACAAACGUCACGUGUGACGUAAGUGUGGCAGCCUACAGUAAACGUGAAUAUAUCACACCAUCCAUACAACUUUACACUGAAUAAAUAUAUUUUAGAAAUAUGCGAGUAUAAAUAAACGGUUAUCAGUCUGCGCACGCGCGCUUUCCCCGUUUCAGGGUAAAUUAAAAAGUUUGAUAAGAAAGGGAAUCGUGUUGCAGCCGAGUGAUCCAUCUUCUCGGCACUAAAGAAGGUCCGGGUUAGGCCACGCCCCCUGGUUGCUACCUGUAGAAAAAUGUAACAGGUGAACUCCCAGCUCCCACCCGGACCACCGCUGAAGACACGAUGAGUCUGCCGGACUACAAAUCAACAGAAAAACCGCCUUCGUCCGCGGCUCCGAACUUUCAUGUUGUGCAGUUAAAUGUCGGGGGUCACCUGUACACCACCACUCUGAGCACGCUCAGGAAGCACUCCGACUCCAAGCUGGCGGAGAUCUUCAGCGGACCGCCCAAACUGCGUACUGACACACAGGGACGCUACUUCAUCGACCGCGAUGGGUCACACUUUGGAGCCAUCCUGGAGUUCCUGAGAUCAGAACAGCUGCCCAAGGAGAACAUCCAGGAGGUUCAUAAGGAGGCGAUCCACUACAACAUCAAACCGCUGAUCAAACUCUUGGAGGAGACUCCUCGGCUGUUUGGAGAGCUGGUGGGAAGGCAGCAGUUCCUCUCCAGAGUCCCACACUACAAGGAAAACAUCGAGGUUCUGAUUCGUAUCGCCAGGGCCGAGGCCAUCGCCGCACGCCACUCCUACAUCAUCAUCUGCGUGCUGAGGACGGAGGAGGAUUUGGGCUUCUAUGAUAAUGCCAUUAACAGCUUGGAGGCGGCUAAGGAGUCGGUGGUGACGUUCGGGCCGUGGAAGGCCGCCCCGUUGGUCAAAGAUCUGCUGGACUGUGUAAAGAUGGACAUCGAGAACCAGGGCUACAGGGUGAGCAUCCAGCCUCACGCCGUGGAGAAGAGCUUCCUGUCCAGGAGCUACGACUACUUUUAUCAACUCACAUUCACCUGGUGGUGAUGAGACGGCUGAACAAAACUUGAAACCGUGCUUACUCUUUCUUUAAAAAAAUUACAGACUGCACUUUGUUAUGUUUUUGUUAUAGAGCCACACUAAAACAAAGGCUCAGUAAAGCAUCGGUCUAUCAAUAAUUUCAAAGGUACUGACUUCCUGAAAGAUGGAAAAAAAAAAGAGGGCUUGUAGCUUCUGCUUGUGAUGAGUGAAGUGCAUCUUUCCUAGUAGCCAGCAGGGGGCGACUUCUCAGGUUUCAGAAGUCCAGCUGACCUCAGGGGACACUUUAGUGAUGAGUUUGGGGUCUUACUCUCUAGCUUUCAGUCUUGUUUACUAGGACAUGAUGAUAUGUUUUAAUCAUUGUCUCUGUUAGUGUCCAGAAGGACUUCAGGCCGGGGCAGCCUUGUGAUUUUCAUCUGCCUGUCUGUGUUUGUCAGUCAGAGCUACGCCUCACCGUUUUUUCCUUUUCAAACUUGAUAUUUUUAUUUAAACAAUAAAUGUUCAGCUCAAGGCUUCACAGCAGGACCUGAAUAAUCAGUGGGUGAUGUUGCAUUAUGGCUAUGUUAAUGUUUUAUGUACAGUCUGUGGGUUUAAGCGCCUGCUGCCAAGCAAAGAUUUCUAUCUUUUAAUUCAUUUCAGCUGCUUAUAAAUAUAAAUGUUGGUUCAUAUUCAGUGCUGUGUUGAACAAACACUAACUACUCUAUUAUUAAAUCUUCUUGUCCACCCGCAGGUCUCAGUAGUAACUUGUUUAAUUAGAUGGCAUCGUCCACACGUGAAGCUCAUCCUACUGUCGUUACUGUAACACGAGCCACACAGCUUCUUGCAUACGAUUUGAUGCAAAUAAUAAAAAGCAAUUACAACAUUUAGUCAAACAAAAUGUCUGAAUUUAGUUUUUCACAUAUUUCCUAAAUAUUU